AUGUCUCUUGAUCUUGAUCAGACAUCCGAUAUGCUCAUCAUUCUGAUGCGCGAUGCACUCUCCUACUAUUCGAGCCUCACAGCCGAUGCUCAACGUCAGGCUUGGGAGCCCUGCCUUAUUCUUUUGCUCUCCAGGCUGGGUCAGCUCGAUACCGGCCCACUGUUUCAGAAAUAUGCAGGAGCUGUUUACGCCAGCCUCUGUGACAUGAUGGCCAUGACGACAUUAUCUGCCGAGGCUGCAUGUCUCUUGCGCGCGUUCCUUCUUCGUUGCGGCGCUGAGUUCUCAAUCGGCCUACCGAAAAGUUAA